AUGAAGAACUUUGGUAUUGUCGCCCUUUCGGGCGCUGCCCUGUUGCAGGGCGUCUCUGCUGCUUGCUGUCGUAGCAACAAGUGCUUGAAGGCUCUUGCUCUCGCGGACUUUGAGGGUGUUAUGGACUGCAAGUCCAACCUCAUCGUGACAGUCACCCCCUCAGCAAGCACCUACACCGAAACGGUCACUCUCGUCCAGAGCGCCGUCGACACCGUUCUCUUCACCGAGACCACGACGGAGAUCGCCUCCACCGCGACCCAGAUCCUCACCGAGGUUGUCACAGUCACAUCCGCAACCGAAACCGACUUCCUCACCGAGACCGUCACCGUGCCCUACACCACGACCCUGGUCUCCCUCCUCCCCGAAAUCACCUCGACCUCGACGGUCUACCAGAACGCCCCGACCGUCUACAAGCUGAAGGCUCGCCUCGACACUCUGACCCAGAUCGACGAGGAGCCUACUGAGACCCUGACCAGCAGCAGCCCUGCUCUCACCAGCCCUGCUAGCUCUGCUCUCCCCACCUACGCCACAGCCAACUGCGCCGACUGGUCCCAGUACUCCAAAGCCUGCAAGUGCAUCGGCGUCUCAGCCUCCACCACCACCGCCUCUGCCGCCGUUGAGACCGUGACCGUGACCGCCUCCAACGCGCUCACCACCGUUGUCGCCACCCUCUCCUCCACCUACACCGACAUCAUCAGCAUAACCACGACCGUCUCCGGCACCGAGACCGAGACCAUUGGCGCCACGGACCUGAUCACCGCCACCGCGACCCUGACCGUCUCCGCCGUCGAGACCGUCCAAGCCACCUCCACCCCCGUCUCCGUCAUCCCCCUAAUGUGCAAGCCCCGCGGCCAGUCCUUCCGCGCCAGCAUGCCCUUCCCGGACAGCUCCACGCGUUGGAUGAACAACGUUGGCGGCAGCGUGAUCGCGUGGCAAUCCUUCUCCAGCGUCCCCGCGCCAGGAAGCGCGGGCGCUAUAAGCUCGACCUGGACGCUCAAUGCCGAGGGAUACCUGGAGCAGGCGCAGCCGUUCAGCGGCGCGACGUCCGUGUACGCCGCCUACGUGCUGGUCAGCGACACGGGCGCGACCGUGUCGGUGCGGCCCAAGCUCAAGGCCGAUGUCGAGGCCGGCGUCGCGGCGGGAACGAUGAAGCGCGUCAAGGGGUGCGUGAAUGCCGGUACCGGACAGCUUCAGCUGUCGGCGAAUGGAAGGGGGAAUAUGCUGUCGUGCGGUAACGGGCUUUACAUCUCGUCGGGCAAGGAUGGCAAGGAUGUCAGGAGUGACUGUGUUCUGCUUACUCCUGCUGCUGCUUAG